UUUUUUUUUUUUUUCUCACAGCAUUGAACACAUAUCCAAAUCUUUAAACUACAUGCACAAAACCCAUUUCUUCUGGCAAAAUCAAAGUCGCUUCAAAAUCAUUUCACUUGUUCUCAAAAUAAAACAAUGCUUUCAGAUCAAACACACAUCAAUCAGUAUAUAAACACUACAGAUCUUUCAUUAGACUUUAAAUAAUCAGCAUCCAUAGCAUCUAGUUACACAAAAAAAUGUGUAUUGUAUACAGUAAACAAAAAAACAGUGAUCAUGUAUAGGUGCUUGCCACUUAUUUUUUAUCUUCAGUCUUCAAUCUUCAAAAAAAAAAACCCAUACAGUUGGCUACUUUCCAACUUUUGAAUUAGCUCAUCCAGUUUUUAUCAAAUCGUCUAGCUACUCACAAUAGCGGCAUGGUCUGUUUUGUAACUUUUAUGGCCUUUUGAAAGCCAGAGAAGAAAUGGCUAUUAUGCAGCAAAUUCAGCUAAGGUGAGACCUACAGUAUGAAUCACAGAGGCCUGAAAUCAAUUAUAUAUUCUGCAAGCAUAUCUUAUUUAAUAAAUACACUAUACUGUCAAUCUAGACUAGCACAUUUCAUUGUCAUUCAGUAUCUCUGUACAUUAUAUGACGAUCUUAUAUAAUGAAUCUUAACCCUCUAUGGUACGGUGUUGCCUCCAGGCAACAUGGUCUAUUAUAGUUUGUUUUUAAUAAAAAAAGGCACCAAUUGAUUGAUCAAACAUAUCUCAGGACAGAAUAACUCAAAUACUAAUCAAUGAAAGUGCAAAAAAGACCAAAACAUGACCAACAGGGGUCCAUUUUGUGUCCUGUUUCAGCACUUGUGCACGUCACAUGGCUCCAUAUUUUCUCCAUUGAAAAGUGCUUAUUUCACUUGUUUGUAUCCAUUUAAUCACCCACAAAAAAUAUGAGUCACCUUCACUGGCAAGUAAAGAAGUAUUUUCAAGAACUUUACAUUAUAUAUCAUCAAAUGUUUUAGAGAAAAUAACAAAAUACUGUGUGUUGCCUCAAGGCAACAUUGUACCAUAAUGGAAUCACAUGAGGCCAUACAGGCAUAAUAGGUUUGAAUAUAAAUGUAUUAUAUUUGUAAGGAAAAGAGUGAGAAUUAUCUAAAUAUAUUUGCAUUUUCACAUGAUUUUGUAAUGCACUUAUAAGAAUAGUAAUUCAUAUACUAUAUCUGCAUAUAUUAUGAUAUGCACAUUUUCUAUAUCACUUCAAGGAGGUAUAAAACACAUGCAGCACUGGCAGUUGAUGAGGGGUCAUACUGUGAUGAGGAAGAUAAAAUCAUAGUGACAAUUCGUCAGGGAGAGAGUGAGGGUGAGAGAGAAGAUGGAGAUGAGGAUGAAGAUGGAUAUGAUAACUUGAUAUAAUAACAUAAUAUGAUGGUUUGGUAAUACUUGUGUUCCACUAUGGUACAAUGUUGCCUGAGGACAACAGCUGGAUAUAAAAUGUUACUUUUUAUUAAAUAUGAAACUUUUAAUACAUUAAAAACUGGAUAAAUUUGUUUGUUCAAGUGUCUAGUUAAAGAAAUUGAUGUUUUCAAUAAAUAUAUCUUUUUUCUACAUGAAAAUGCCAAAUGUUUCAAUUUUUCCAUUGUGGUACAAAGUUGCAUCGAGGCAACAAACUUACAAGAAAUAAAUAAAUUAAAAAUGUAUGAAAAUGUUUAUUGAUUUUGUUAAAGUGUCCAAUUUUGAGCAGGGAAAACAACACAAAUAAUUUUUUCCUCGUUGAUAUAUUGCAUACUAUUAGAGGGUUAAGGGGAGGGGCGUGUUGCGCCUUGUGACGCAGGGUUGGUUUCUGUCAGGUCCUGUAAGCAAUUGUAAAAGGUUUCCUGGUAACACUCGUCCUCCAUUCUUUGUCAUUGUUUCAUAGAGUUGUAUUAAACAUGUCUGGAAGAGGCAAAGGCGGUAAAGGGCUCGGAAAAGGAGGCGCCAAGCGUCACCGUAAAGUUUUGCGCGAUAACAUCCAGGGAAUCACCAAACCCGCCAUUCGUCGUCUCGCUCGCCGUGGCGGUGUCAAGCGCAUCUCCGGUCUGAUCUACGAGGAGACCCGCGGAGUGUUGAAGGUGUUUUUGGAAAACGUUAUCCGCGAUGCCGUCACCUACACCGAGCACGCCAAGAGAAAGACCGUGACCGCCAUGGAUGUUGUGUACGCGCUGAAGCGACAGGGACGCACUCUGUACGGCUUUGGAGGUUAAACGACUGAGAUCAGCAAAACUACAGCAACCCAACGGCUCUUUUAAGAGCCACCCACACUGUUACAUAAAGAGUUAAUGAAAGUUAAAUCUUAAAAUGCUUCGCUUUUAAAAUAGAAAUUGAACAUCACCUAUGAGUUUAGUAAUAACGCCACAGUAGUGUAUGGGGAUUAUCAGUACCUUUUCAUAUCCUUUUCAAUUAUUUUUUUUUUUCUUCCAGUGCUAGACAAAUUAUUCAUUUAAAUAGAUGCAUAUAAAAUCUCGACUUUAGUCUUCAAAUAUUAACUUCCAAAUCGUGUACUUUUCUGCUUGUUAAAGUACUUCAAAACUUGAGCUCAUUAGUAACUUCCUACAUCAUGAGAAAUUACAUAUUAAUGGCAAUCAAGUUUGUGUUUACAGAGCAUGUGAUAUAAGGUUCAUUACUGUAGACCGGAGUAUUUGGGCCUAGUUAAGUCAAUUUCUGAUUCAUAUUUUUAAUAGUCUGUGCUAAUAAAACAUUAUUUUAGUGAAA